AUGGCUCUUUCUCUGUCAGGAAAGACCGCCUUGAUAUCUGGUUCAUCCGCCGGGAUUGGCGCCGCGAUAGCGGUUGAGCUAUCUGGCAGAGGUGCAAACAUUGUCCUCAACUAUCCCUGGCCUUCUGAAGAGCAAGCAUGCAAAGAAGUCGGGGAUAAGCUCUCUACCCCGUGGAUUGCUGUCUGUGCAGACCUGUCGACCAUUGAGGGCCCAGAACAGCUCGUGGUCGCUGCAGUGGCUCGCUUUGAAACCAUCCAUAUCCUUGUCAACAACGCUGCCAUUGUGCCUCAUGCCCCCAGUUGGGCCACAACCGCCGCAAUGUGGGAUAAUACCUUCGCCUUGAAUGCCCGUGGGGUGUUCCUCCUUACCAAGGCGCCUUCUUCUCCGCCAGCUUUGUCGGGUGUUAAGGGGGGAUCACGUAUUAUAUGCAUAGGAUCAGGAACAGGACGCUUUCCUCAACCCGGUCUUCUUGUAUAUUCAGCAACAAAAGGGGCAAUGGACUCCAUGAUCAAGGUCUGGGCAAAGGAGCUACCGCCAAAGUACGGCUGCACCGUGAAUGGUAUUGCACCUGGACCUGUCAUGACGGAGACCUUUCUUCAGGGGUUAGGAGACCAGGUUGACGAAGUGACCGAGGCAUUUGGCAAGGAGACUCCAUGUGAAGGAAGCUUUGCCGAGCCUGAGGAUGUCGCUUGGGCUGUGGCUUGGCUUACCGAGGACAGGUCAAAGUGGGUGAACGGGGAGUACAUCAUGGUCAAUGGUGGAUUCAUCAUGAGCUAG